AUGAAUCCUAAUUCAAAUAUUCACCAUGGUAGUGCAUCUUCAAUUUUUACCCUUCAAAUGGAGAUGGAUAAGAUGAAGGAAGACAUAGCAAGGAAAAAGAAUAUUUCUAAUUAUGUUCGUGGUGGUUUUUCAUUAAAAAAACGUCCACAUGAUAAUAAACAAUCAAAUGAAGAAAAAAAAAUUAAUCUUGAAGAAGUAGAAAUUGAAGAAAAAAGAUUAAAAAGUUUUUCAGCCAUGGAAGAAAAGACAAGAAGAUAUAAUGAAAUAAAAAAUAGUGGUAUUUAUGAUGAGGAAUUACUAGUUCAACCUGAUGAUUAUAAUACAUCAUAUAAUAUUAAUGAUAAUGAACAAAUAAAUGAAAAUAAUUAUGAUAUGUUUGAGGAGAAUAGUUUAAAAAAUAUGUACAAUCAUGAUGAUUUGUAUAGAGAUUAUGGGCCAUGUAACUAUAGUUUUAGUAAAGAUGAAAUGUUAAAAGGAAUUCAACAGGAAGAAUUAAGACAAUUAAGUAAAGAAACAUUAAGUAGUAGAGAGAAAGCUAAGGAAGCAGCAUAUCAACGUUUAAGAGAUACAUAUCAACGACUUGUAAAAUUAUAUGAAAGAAAAAAUCGUACUAUAGUUUCAUUUGAGGAUUAUGUAGCAGAAAAUACACAAUAUUAUACAUCUAGAAAUGAUAAUGGUUCAGAAAAUGAGUUAUCAUCGGAUGGUUUAGAAAAUGAGAUGGAAAAAUAUAAAAGAAGAAAGAAACGAGAAUGGGAUAUAGGAAAAGAAUUAAUUUGA